AUGCUUCUACGAUGUCGGGGUCCGGAUGGCACCUUCCGCGUGACGGUCGAGCCUACGACGAGUUUCUCCGACUUGGGACACUUGCUACUCGAGCAGUUACCCAAGACGAUCGAUCCUAGAUCCAUUACGCUGUCAAAUUCACCCACAGGUAGCGACGCCAAAAGGAUAGCUGAGGUAGCCAAUGUGAAGAUCGGAGCUAUUGGUCUCAAACACGGCGAUCUCAUCUUUCUCAACUACACACAUGCCGAUGCCUCCGGUUCCAACGGCGAAACCCAACCAAAGACGACGACAGCACGACUCAACGGAAAGCCUGUCCUGCCCACAGAAGACGUGCCUGUAGAUGUGAGUCACGAACAACGGAUAGCACGACCCUGGGACUUGGUCCGCCAGUCGCCUCUGGACGACCGUCUGGAUCGCCAAGAUGGAAAGAUCCCGCGGGGGCGGAACAGGAUGUGCCGCCAUGGCCCCAAAGGAAUGUGCGACUACUGUCAACCUCUGGAUCCAUUCGAUGCAACUUAUUUAGCCGACAAGAAGAUCAAGUAUACGUCUUUCCAUGCCCAUCUGCGCAAGGUCAACGCUGCCACCAACAAGCCCGAACUCGGUGCCUCAUACAUCCCACCUCUUGUAGAGCCCUUCUACAGAGUUAGACACGAGUGUCCCUCCGGCCACCCGCCUUGGCCAGAGGGCAUUUGCACCAAGUGCCAGCCCAGCGCUAUCACUCUUAACCCUCAGCCCUUCCGUAUGGUGGACCACGUCGAAUUCUCGUCACCAGCAAUUAUCGAUAAAUUCAUCGAUGCGUGGAGAAGGACUGGGGCUCAACGGCUUGGGUUUCUUUAUGGCAGAUACGCAGAGUACACUGAAGUUCCACUUGGUGUUAAGGCAGUCGUCGAAGCCAUCUAUGAGCCCCCACAAGUCGAUGAGCUGGAUGGUAUCACCCAAAACGCAUGGGAAAAUCAGAAGGAGGUCGAAGAAGUCGCCAAACUAUGUGGAUUGGAACCGUUAGGUGUAAUCUGGACCGAUCUGGUGGAUGCUGGACAUGGGGAUGGCUCUGUCGUAUGCAAGCGUCAUGCAGACUCUUACUUUUUGUCAUCUCUUGAGAUCUGCUUCUCGUCAAGACUACAGGCUCAGUACCCGAAGCCUUCAAAGUGGAGCGACACCGGCAAGUUUGGAUCCAACUUUGUGACCUGCAUUGUCUCGGGCAACGAACAAGGCGAAAUUUCUAUUUCACCAUACCAGAUGUCCAAUGAGGCUGUCGAAAUGGUCAGGGCCGAUAUUGUUGAGCCUUCGGCAGACCCUACAGUCAUGCUUGUGCGCGAGGAAGAGGAAGAUGACGGCUCUGUCAGCCUAACAAGAUAUAUCCCCGAAGUUUUCUAUCGCAAGGUAAACGAGUAUGGCGCCAAUGUGCAGGAGAAUGCGAAGCCGUCUUUCCCUGUCGAAUACCUCUUUGUUACACUGACUCAUGGCUUCCCCGCUCAACCAAAGCCGAUGUUCACUCAGCCAGGUUUCCCAAUUGAGAACCGAGAAUAUAUUGGUGAAAGCCAGGAGCCAUCGGCUCUUGCCAAGGUCCUUCGUGCUCAGAAUCCCCAGGACGGCGGUGAGGGGCUGUCCAACUUCCAUCUACUAUGCUUCAUUUAUCAAAUGAGCAUCCUGUCUAAGGACGAAGCUGCUCUCCUCUGCCGCGUAGCCAGCCAACAUGACCUGGCCGAAUCCUUCCAACUUAGCUCAACGGAAGGCUGGCAGAAUCUGCAGGCCAUUAUCCAAUCGACUGGUGAGAGAAUCCCCAAGCGCCAACGCGAUAAUGCUUUUUCGGGCCCAGCGCCUGCUUCUACUUUUACACAACCCACUCUCCGCGAAUCGGAUGAGCCACUUGCUAAAAGAUUUGCUGCCUUCAGGCUGAAUGAAGUCCGAACGCUUCGCGAAGCAUCCCUACCUACCGCAGCCGUCCAGAAAAUAGAAAAAACCAAGGCUCCGCCGCCGCCAUCGUCAUCGUAG